AAGAAACCCAGCCAAUGGAAAAAAACUAAGUUAGACGGUGUGCGCAGGAAAGAUCACAGUAAGCCCACCGAAUCACUCUUUCAAAACCUGAAGCGGCGCAUCGAAGAAGAUGAUGACACUUUACUUUCUGUUCAUGCUGAUUAUAAAAGAGAUUUAUGUCUGGGCUAACUCAGACCCAAACAUAACAAUUCGCUGCACCAACUGUAGGUAACUAACAUCAUAAAUUAUGUGGAGAUAUCAUUUGAUGAGAACAUCAAGAUGCUUCUCUACCUCGUCUAAGCUUCUUCGAUGGUGGGACCAUGUGGGCCCAGCUCCCAAGGACCCCAUUACUAGUGUCACAGAGGCUUUUGUUGCUGAUACCUCCCCUACCAAGAUCAAUCUAGGAGUGGGAGCUUACAGGGAUGACGAGGGUAAACCUGUUAUUCUUCAAUGUGUUCGGGAUGCUGAGGCUAAGAUUGCGGGCUGUGAUUUCUUGGAGUCUAUUUCAUCUGCAGUGAGUUCAAAAUUGGUAGAGGAGAGUGUCAAAUUGGUUUAUGGUAAAGAUUCAGAUGUUAUAAAAGAAGGGAGGUUUGCCGGAGUUCAAGCACUCUCGGGAACUGGUGCAUGUCGCCUCUUUGCUGAGUUCCAAAGGCGUUACUAUCCUGAAUCUUCGAUGUAUUUGCCUGAUCCCACAUGGUCUAACCACCAUAACAUAUGGAGAGAUGCCCAAGUUCCUCAGAGUACCUUUCACUACUACCAUCCUGAUAUGAAGGGUUUAAAUUUCAGUGCACUUAUGAAUGAUGUAAAGGAUGCCCCAGAUGGUUCCUUUUUCCUGCUUCACCCCUGUGCUCACAACCCUACUGGGGUUGAUCCCACGGAGGAACAGUGGAGAGAAAUUUCAUAUCAGUUCAAGGUCAAGAAUCAUUUCCCCUUCUUUGACAUGGCUUAUCAAGGUUUUGCAAGCGGAGACCUUGAUAGGGAUGCUCUAUCCAUUCGUAUUUUUCUUGAAGAUGGGCAUUUAAUAGGCUGUGCUCAAUCCUUUGCGAAGAACAUGGGUUUAUAUGGACAUCGAGUUGGUUGUCUCAGUGUUCUCUGCAAUGAUACGAAGCAAGCAGUUGCAAUUAAAAGCCAACUGCAGACAAUUGCCAGGGCAAUGUAUAGCAGCCCUCCUGUUCAUGGCAUAUCACUUGUCUCAACAAUCUUGAGCGAUCCAGAUAUUAAGUCACUAUGGGUUAAAGAGUUGAAGGGCAUGGCAAAUCGCAUUCAAAGAAUGAGGAUUAAACUUCACGAAGGCCUUAAGCAAUUGGGUUCUUCUCUCAACUGGGAGCACAUAACAAACCAGGUUGGCAUGUUUUGCUUCUCUGGCUUAACCCCAGAACAGGUUGAUCGGAUCGUAAGGGAAUUCCACGUUUACAUGACUCUUGAUGGUCGAAUGAGUAUGGCCGGUGUUACUACAGGAAAUGUAAAUUAUUUAGCAAAUGCAAUACAUGAAGUCACUAAACAUGGUCAGAAAGUAUAGAUUAUUUCUGGCAGUCAUCAUCAGCUUAUUUGUGACUGAUGCUUGACUAUACUUGAAGAUGCAAAACCAUAAUUUUAUGAGAUUAACUCUACAGAUACUAAACUAGAGAGACAGAGAGACAAACAGAGUCAACCCCUUCUCAUAUAAUUGUUCAGUUGUAUCUUUUGAAACGUUCCAGAGCAAAAUGGAUAUUAUGGCAGAUGAAGUCUCUUGCUCUUUGCCCUUGAUAUGUAUACUGAUGGAUCUUAUGUAAAAAUGAAAUAAAAUCCUACAUGAAAUGGAUAUAUGGAAA